UACAAGCUUGUUUUAGUCUGUGUUCAGCCAGUUGUGUCAGCUAGACGUCUUCUAAUUAUUAGCUCUACCUGUUCUGUGGGGAUACUGAAAACAAAAACAAAAAAAAAAGGCUUCACAAUGUCGUUGCGGGUAAUUAAACACACCAGAAACCCAUUUGAAACUCUGGAAAAAAUGCUGAAUAAGACAACUUUGGUUACGCAAAGAGUUACUCACAAUCAUAUAAUAGAUAUCGGUGACAAAAUCCUUGAAGCCAGUAGCCAUGGAGACAACGAAGGCAGAGAAAAUGCUAUACAGGAAGCCAUAGAAUCGGCCGAGGCACGUGCAACAAGGGAACUGAGAGAAGCUCUCCGCCGACUGAAACAACAGAAAGACGAAGAGAGACUUAGAGCUCUGGAGAAACAGAAAUGGUAUUUCGAAAGACUGGCCGCGCGAAUCUCCGAUCAGAGAGACAGGGCCGAGGAAGAGAGAAUGAAAGAAUUCAAGAGGAAGAUGGAAGUGGAGAAAGAAGAGGCUCUCAAGAAACAGCUGGAGGAGUGCGAGAGACUGAAGCAGAUUGCUGUAGAGGAAGCGCGCGAGGCACUAAGCAAACAGCUGAGGAAUGAGUUCGCUAUUAGGAAAGAGAUGGAAAUAGCGGCGGCAUUAAAAAAAGCUAGGGAGGCCUUCAGAAAACGAGAGGCUGAAGUUAUUGAACAGACUCGACGGGAAUGCGAGGAAGAGGCAAGAAAAGAAGCACAAAGAGUAGCCACAUUGCACAAAGCAGAAAUAGACAGUCUAAACCACAAGUAUGAUAUGCUUGAACACAAGUUUCAAAGAGAACUGGCUCACAGAAAGAAGGUUGAACACGACUUCAGGGCUUUACAAGAUGAUUACAGGCGAUUCAUGGAUUACACAGACGGCAAAUUUCAUUCUGACUAUCUUAUGCAACUACGAUACCUUGGCUUGCAGUUGGCAGAUAAGAAGCUGCAAGUUGUUACUUACGAGGACAUUGAACCAAUCAAAUGAAGCUCAUGAGCGUUUACUAGAUACACUCAAGCACAAGACAAAACACUGAUCUAGAGAUGUACAAUUACCAACUGGGCACAAUACUAUACAUGUCUAAUUAAAUAAGUGAAUAUUGAUUUUUUUGUACACUUUGGGUAUUUUAAACUACUUUUGUACCAAUAACACUUUUUGUUAUGAUUUGUGAAUUUUAUAUUAGUGAUGCCUGUAUUUUCAAAAUUACGUUGUUGUAUACAAUGUACUUUUAUAUUUAUAUAGAGAAAGAUUAUUUUAUGAAAUAGUGAAGAUAUGAUUUAUUCAUUAACAUCUUUUGUAUAACCUGUUUAAUGUUUACAGGUAAUUUGAAUUAUUUCUAUAUCAUAAACAUAGAUUCAGAUAAAUUCAUGGAAUUCCAGGUGAUAGGUAUAACACUUCAACAAAGGAAACACCUGAAUAAUAAGAUUGAUAUUAUACAUGAUUCCCUACUCAUUAAAUUUUCUUAGCCGAUGUUCAAAAUACUGUUCGUUACCCUUUCAGAGCUUGCAAUCUAUGGGGUAGAUGAUGUAUAGGUCAUCUGUUUCAUGUGGCCAGCAUGACCAACUGCCUUUGCUUUUCCUCAACUUAUGUCAAGUAUUCAUAAGAGCUAGGUGGACUCAGACAUGACCUAAACAUCUCAACAUUUUUUAAAAUCCCUGUCUUAUUAUUAUUAUUUACCAGGAUACGAACCCUGCAACCUUGGUUCGGAAGCCAACCACUUAGCCAUCACGUUUCUGCCAAAUACUGUAUUUUCUGCAAUUGCUUUCUUGGGCAGUGUUUUUCUUUUUCUACAUCCUUUCAUUCCAAUUGUAAAAGAUCUGUAUUUUCUUUUCAAAGGAUUUGGAAUUAAAGAAAUUGAUACUCUCA